AUGGCUUCUCCACAACAGAUCAAGACUCCUCUCACGGAUCUCCUGAAGAUCAGGCACCCCGUUCUGCUGGCUGGCAUGAACGUUGCGGCCGGUCCUAAGCUCGCUGCCGCUGUCACAAAUGCUGGUGGACUGGGUGUUAUUGGCGGCCUCGGCUACACCCCAGACAUGUUGAGAGAGCAGGUAGAGGAGAUCAAGAGCCACCUCGUCGACAAGAACGCUCCGUUUGGUGUCGACUUGUUGCUCCCACAGGUUGGAGGCAACGCUCGAAAGACCAACUACGACUACACCAAGGGAAAGCUUGACGAGCUGAUCACCGUUGUUAUCGAGAGCGGCACUAAGCUAUUCGUCUCCGCCGUCGGUGUGCCACCAAAGCAUGUCGUUGACCGACUGCACGCGGCUGGAAUCCUUUAUAUGAACAUGAUCGGUCACCCCAAGCAUGUACAGAAGUGUCUCGACGUUGGUGUGGACAUCAUCUGCGCCCAGGGUGGUGAGGGUGGUGGCCACACCGGAGACGUCCCUACCAGCAUCCUUAUCCCUACCGUUGCUAAGCUCUGCCAGGGCAAGACCAGCCCCAUGACUGGCCAGCCCGUCCAGGUUGUUGCUGCCGGCGGUAUCUUCAACGGCCAGAGCGUUGCCUCUGCCCUCAUGCUUGGUGCUUCCGGUGUCUGGGUUGGUACUCGAUUCAUCCUUGCUGAUGAGGCCGGUGCCCCCAAGGACCACCAGGAGGCUGUCCGCACCGCCGGUUUCGACGACAACGUCCGAACCAUCAUCUUCACUGGCCGCCCUAUGCGAGUCCGCAACAACGCAUACAUCACCAACUGGGAGGAGAACCGUGCCGAGGAGAUCAAGGAGCUCACUAGCAAGGGUAUCAUCCCAGUCGAGCACGACUUUGAACACAUGGAGGAUAUCGACGACGAGACCAUCGACAACGCCCGCCCUCACCUCAUGGGCAAGGCUGCCGCUGUGGUUAACGAGAAGAAGCCAGCCAAGGAUAUCGUUGACGAACUCGUCAAUGAUGCCGUCUUCUGGCUCAAGAAGGGCAACGGCUACCUCACCAAGCCUAAGCUGUAG